CGGAACUACCAGGAACGAGAACGACAGAGAAUAUUCGUACGAUCGAUGAAGACCCGGAGGUUUUUAACGUAUAGUAUUGAAACAGAGGCUAAUUGAGUAGUUGGUGUGAGCUUGUGAGCGUGUACUAGACGUGUUUUGAGGGUAUUUGUGAAUCAGGUGGAAUAUUUUGAUGUGUUUAACGGAGUCACAUAAGUGGAUAACAUCCUGACAAGCUGUUAAAAAAUCAUUUAAUCAUGAAGAAGCAAGUAUAAAACACGUGUGUGCGCAAUUUAUGUGCUCCCAUGCAGAAUUAUAUUGUUGAAAAAUAAACACGAGAAAGAAACGUAAAUCACUCUGAUGUCUGAGUGAAUCUUGUGUCUUCAGUGAAUGAAAUAUUUUGGAUACUUGAAUUAUAAUGAUUAUUUUGUGGUAUUGAGUGUACUUAAUUAAUACAAAUAGGAGCAUAUUAAUGUGGAUCGUUAUAAGUUUAUUAAGCGCCAUGUCUCAGGAUGGACCAAUCAGCUGCUCGGUGAAUCGCUGUGAGACCUCCAAUCUGUCCUCAGACGAAUGACAACAAAAGAGAUACAUGGUACCACACUGAGUGAGAGAGCAGACACUAACUCACAGUUGUUGUUGUUGUUGUUGUUGUUGUUGUUUUUUCAUUUUCUUCUAUAUCAUCAAGUCAGCAUAAUUUGGAUAAUUUUUGUCAACAAGUGGAGUUUAAUAUUCACGGGGAAGAUCGAUAAUUUGCUGUGUAAUCAUCAAACGAGCAACGAACGAACGACACGAAUUCGAACGGAUAAUUCAAAGUGUCGUAUCUCAUCAAUUUCCUUUGGCUCGAAAGAGUCUCUGAAGACCGUCACGCUGGGUACCUAGUAGGGUUGUAAAAAAAAGUCUCGAGGAAUAUGAAGAGAAGAAAUGCCGAGUGCGGAAAGCUCCGUAGGCCCUUGAAACGUAACAAAAUUACUGAAGGAAUAUACGGAAAUACACUCCUGUAUCUCAAGUUUCUCAUGCUAUGGGCCAUGGUGAUUUUAGCAGAUUUCAUUUUAGAGUUUCGUUUUGAAUUCCUGUGGCCAUUCUGGCUUCUCUUGAGAAGUGUUUACGAUUCAUUUAAAUACCAAGGCUUGGCCUUUUCAGUAUUCUUCAUUUGUAUCGCACUUACAUCCGAUAUGAUUUGCUUCUUUUUUAUCCCUGUACACUGGUUAUUCUUUGCUGCCAGUACGUACGUUUGGGUUCAGUACGUUUGGCACACAGAUAAAGGCGUGUGUCUACCAACUGUGAUGCUGUGGCUACUAUUUCUCUAUAUAGAGGCUGUAGUAAGAUUGCGAGAUUUACGUCAUAUGCCGUUUCAUUUAGAUCUUUGCAGGCCAUUUGCAGCACACUGCAUUGGUUAUCCUGUUGUUACACUGGGCUUUGGUUUCAAAAGCUACGUUGGCUACAGAAUGAGACAGAGGAAGCAGAAAGACGUAUCCAAGGAGAAUGAAUUUUACCUGCAGUUACUUCAACAAGCACUGCCGGUUGAGCAGCAGACGGCAGGUACAACACAACUACAGUCGCAGUUACAGCCGCCGCUUAUAACUGCCGAAAUAAAUUCCAAGUCACAGCCAAACAGGCAAAACACGCAGUAUAAUCCAAGCCCGGAAAAGAGUAGAGGGAAUGGGGGUACAUGUUCAGCAGAAACAAGUCUACAAAACGGCAACAUUUCGAAUGAUACAUCUCAUAUGCAAACAGUUCAUCAAUUACAAUCACAAAGUAUAACGACGAAGAAUAAUCACAGAAAAUCCCUGGAUAAGAGUGAAAAACAGGAGGACCAACAGAAACACAAUUCGGCCCAAUCCUCAUCAUUUUCAUCGUCGGAGAAAAAUGAUAAGAGAUUUGUGCAUAGUAAUGGUACAAGUUUAUCGCAGAAUGAUGCACAAUUUAUUGAACGCAUAACAUCAGUCAAUGAUUAUGAUGCUAAUGAAAUUGAAAAGGAUAAGACUGCAAAAUGUAAUACAGCACAUUCGUCGGUUAAAGCACAAUCUAAUGGUACAGCUAAUUGUGGCAAAUGGAAUAAUAAUAAUAGUAUAAAGGAAAAUCGAGAUUCAAAUGGAGUAAAUAAUCAACGUGAGCGUAAAGGUAGACAAGGAAAAAAUGUAUUAUCCGAUGCCGAACAGCAACAGCAGCACAAGCAGCAGCAGCAGCAGCAGCAGCAACAGCAGCAGGACGAGUAUUGUCAAAGGUUAUUAAUAUGUCGUAAAUUGGAGUCAGAUAUAAAAAAAUUAAAAAGUGAUUUACAAUCGAGUAGACAAAUGGAGCAAGAAUUGCGUUCACAAGUAAAUACACUUUUAAGUAGUGAGAGACAGUCAAAGGGUGACAUACAGCAGUUACAACAUGACAAUGAUCAACUGCAGGGCAAACUUCAAAAUUUAAUGACUGCUAGACAGUUGGAUAAACAAACAAUGUCUUCGCUUGAGAGAAAAAUAGCUGAAGAGCGUAGACAGAGAACAGCGUGUGAAGCCUCACUUGUUUCGGAGAGACGGGCUAGGAGAGUGGCUGAGGAAGCCAGGUCAUCUAUACCGCCACCACCACCACCUUUAAUAAGACAGGAAUGUACAGAUGCAUGUAAAACACGCCGCGCACAAAUGGAACAGGAACUCAAGAGUCUAAGACGUGAGCUUAAAGCCAAAGAUGAGAGAUAUUUGACACUUGAAAAAGAGUUAAAUCAUUGUAAAGACAGUCACGGUGAGACUGAAAUUAUAAUUGGUGCAUUGAGUGCAUUACAGGAUAAAAAUAUACAUCUUGAGAAUAGUCUCAGUGCUGAAACAAGAAUUAAGUUGGAUUUAUUCUCGGCGCUUGGUGAAGCUAAACGACAGCUUGAGAUACGUGAGAAUCUCAUUAGAUCGCAGGAGAAGGAAAUUGAAAUGUUGAAGGCUAAAAUAGCCCAGGAUCUUGCUGUUAUGCCGCAGGAUACAUUUGGACAGACAUCCACAUGCUCUACGUCAAAGCUACGAUUGAGUAAUGAUGUACGUGUUGGCAGUACAAAACUUGGAGCAGCGACUGACAGUCCAUGUCCUGGCUGUACAGUUUCAAAUCUCGAUCCAAAUGCUACUGCCUACACCCCAAAAGGAUCACUUGUUGCGUCUACUGAAGCUUAAAAAUCUUUUUAUUAUUAUUCUUUUCUCAUUUUUCAUUUUUCAUCUUUCAAUUCUUUCAAUAUCCAUGACAAGAACAAUUUUCCAACAAAAGACACGUCACUUACUUCCAACAAGCAUGUUUCAUUAUAAUUUCAUCAGUAUCCAUUGCUCAACAGUCUUGAUUGUUGAUUCAAGGUAAAAAAUCAUUUUGCAUUAUCAUUAAAUUGAUAAAUAUUUUCUGUUUAAUCCCAAGAAACCCCAAAAUUGUAUAUACCUUGCGUUGCGUAUUCGUGAUAUAAAAAUGAUGAAAAUGGACAAAAAAAAUAUAUAUAUAUACAUGUAUAUUUUUUUUUCCCAAUGGAUAGAAAAAGAGCGUAUCACCGCUGGCUAGUCAUUCGGAGCAGUUCUACAAUUAUAAAUAACAAGAAAUCAUUAAUGUUUAGAUAUUUUUAUCAAUUCUCAAUUGAUUUCUUCCUAUAAAACAUUUGUGCUUCCGAGUAGCCAUAUUUUUCAGACAUACUCAAUUCUCUUUUAUUUUUCAGAAAAGUAUUAUUCAUCUUCGGGAAGCAUAAAAAAAACAACUAAUAUGCUUAUUAAUUAAAUAAACAACUACGUGCAAACAUUAUGAUUUAUUAUGAAACAAAACAAUUUAUUAAAGAAGAAGAAGAAGAAGAGAUUGAACAAAGCGUAAUAAAAAUAAUGAUAAUAUUUGCGUGUCGUGGUCACCGAAAUACAAUGGUUGUUUAAUAAUAUAAUUCACAAUGGCUGAAAUAUCAUCAUCAUCAUUAUCAUCAUCAUCAUCAUCAUCAUCAUCAUCAUCUCAUAGUAAAAUUGACUUGAAGAAAAUAUAUAAACAGAUGAGUGCAUUCAUAAAGUGGCUAAUGUUCAUCAUAACUUGAACGUUUUAACAAACAAGCAAGAAAAUUAAUUAAAUUAAUAAUGUAAAUGAUGUACCUGAUUUGGAAUGAUGUACUAGUUGUUUUUAAUUUAUCUAGGCGACUGAGUGGUCAAUUAAAUUUAAUACUUUAUUAUAAUUUUUUUGCUCUUAUACAAUGCACUUUCAACUGUUGUGAUUAUUAAGGAUAAUUAAAUAACACACAUAUCGUCAAGUCAAUAAUUGAUAAUGAUAAACAAAAAAAUUAAACAGUGGGAAAUUAAGUUGAACAUGUACCAAGGUGUAUGUGUGUGAUAUUGUUAAUGUUAUAAUUCUUUUAUUAUGUUUAAACUAGAGGCUCGUUAGAAUUUUUCCUUUUAAGUACUCUUUUAUAUUCUCUCGAUUGCUGGUAAUUUCUUUUUAAAUUAUAAAAGCACAAAUAAUGAGAGACGUUUAAUCAACGUUGUUCAACAAUUCAUUUAAAUUCAUUUCGUUUCUUAAACUUUUUUAUUGUUUUUUUUUCCCUCAAUUUUUGUUAUUAUUUCGCAUUAUGAAAUCAUAUCUUGUGUGCUUCCAGUGACAACCUACGUACUUAUUUAACAAAAUAUUUUUCAAUUAGGUUUAACGAUGAUUAUCAAUAAAAAGCAACAAGGACUGUCAA